AUGCAGGUCUGGAGCAUUGACUCGGAGAAGCAGAUCGGGACUCAGCAACAACAACGAAGUUCGUCCAUAUCGAUCUAUAGUCCAUCCGCCCACUUGCCGCUCACCCGACGCCCCAAGUCAAUAUCUCCCUCUAAUCAGUCUGUUGGAGAAGUGAGGAAUCCUCAAAAUUGCGAUACUGUGGUAUUGGCGCCCGAGAAGCUGCUUGCAUCCCCCACAACACUCAAAACAGCCGCCGAUGCCUUCCGCACAGUAAUGGACCUCGAGCAGUUCUCGGUUAUACAUACGCCAUUCAUGCUGGGCCCUAGCUUCGUUCCUGAAGCUCAAAAGACUGUCUAUACCAUCUUAUACUUUUCCGCCCCAACUCUGACCGAGGGAUACUUGGCAUUUCUGGGAUUAAUGACGCGGUACCAAAGAUCACUUGUGAUGCGCCAAGAUGAGCCAGAUAUGUCCAAAGCUGCAAAGGGACUGCAACGCUUGCGAAGUGUGAAAAUCAACCAGGAUUAUGAUGCAGCCUGUGCACUCUUCCUGGGUCAAACGAUGUAUGUGUUCAAUGUACUCAUAGCUCCCGAUUCUUCAACAGCCCAUGCUAUUAUGCGAAGCGCCCUCAUAUCAACCAAAGUAUGGCUUCCGAGGCUGAUCCAUUCUCCGACGUUGUGUCCCAUAAUUAUGACACCUAUUCUGAUUGACACGGUCGAAUGCUUGGUGCGUCGAGAGAUUCCUAUAAUCCGCCUCCCCAGGACUGACCAUAUUAUUGUUGAUCGAUAUGCGGGCGUCUGCGCAACACUUCUGCCUUUGCUCUAUGAUCUCUGUGUGUGUAGUCAUACCGCAAAGAGAGGUAUCCUUGAUAUUGGAUCUGGACCCUCUUCCGGGAUUUAUAGGCAACUCGCAGAUAUAGAGCGAUCAAUUCUCGAAUGGAAUCCUCCAAAUCCGCCAGAGCUCCUUGAAAAACAUGGACAGAGUGAGGUGCUAGCAAUGAUGACGCAGGCAAGCGCCUAUCGCCUGGCAGCCUUGUUGAUCAUUCAUCGUCUGCGAUAUCCCCUCGGGGUCGAAGAGAAAACGGCGCGAGACCUUGCAAAUAGAAUUUUCUCUAUAAUGACUCACUUUGCUCAAACGGCCGCUGAAAAGACCACAGCUUUGCCUGUAGUUUUCCCCUUGACCAUAGCAAUGUUCGAGGUGGAGGGACCAGGAGAAGAAUUAUGGACCGUAUUUUCGCCUUUUGCUGUUCAGAGUAUAAGUGCAGCGCGACUUCAUGGAUUCAUCAAGCAAGUCCGAGCAUCUAAGGAGUCUGGCUAUGAGGGAAUUUGGUUUGAUUUGAUCGAAACACAACUUCAUGUUGCGAUGCCCCCAUAG